CUGUAACAGCAAUCUAGAAAUAUAAACCAAACCCCACAACCUAUUACAGCAAUCUAGAAACAUACAGCAAAUCAGAAACCUCCAUUGUGACUUUAAAACAACAUGUGAGUCCUGAAAUAGUUUCAUCAUCUCUACAAUCUUAAUUGAUUUGGGUAUUGAGAUUGAGUACUGUGACAUUUUCCUGCGUAGUAAAUGGAAAAUUCUCCCAACACCCCACUUCUGGUACCAUCUGACCUUAAGGGAUGCCAAAAACAAGUGGCUUGUCUCGAAGACUACGUCCCUACAUCUUUCUCCAGAAAUUUAGGCAGGGAAAUCUGGAAGGAGUCCAAGAAGGUGUUGAGCUUGGCUGCCCCUGUGGGAUUCAACAGGGUAGCCACCUACGCCUUUGGGGUUAUCACUCAGUCGUAUGCUGGCAAAUUCGGCACGGUGGAACUUGCUGCUGUAUCCUUGGCUACUAGUACCAUUGGGGGAAUCUCCUUAGGGCUCAUGACAGGAAUGUCAAGUGCGCAACAGACGGUGUCUGGUCAAGCAUUUGGUGCAAAGAAAUUCAACCUUCUUGGGGUUUACCUGCAGCAAGCUUUUAUAGUAAUGAAUGGAACUGCGCUUUUAUUCAGUUUAGUGUAUCUUUUUGCAGCACCUCUUCUUAAGGUGCUGGGGCAAUCAGAACAGGUGGCCGACCUGACUGGACAGUUUGUCCUUUGGUCCAUUCCUCAACUAUUUGCAUAUGCAAACUAUUUUCCUACCCAGAAGUUUUUCCAAUCACAACGAAAAGUCAUGAUCCAGGCAGUGAUCUGUGGAAGUUCAUUGGCUUGCCAUGUUUUCUUGAAUUGGUUGCUAAUCACUAAGCUUGGGUUUGGACUUCUUGCGUUGGCUAUGGCCUUGAAUGCAUCCUGGUGGUUAGUUGUUAUAGGACAGUUUACAUAUGCUGUGUUUGGACCAUUACCAGAAACAUGGACAGGGUUCUCAGUUUAUAUCUUUCAUGAUGUUUGGAGCUUUAUAAAGCUUUCAGCUUCAUCUGCUGUGAUGGCAUGUGUGGACCUCUGGUACUAUAGAGUUUUGGCUCUUUUAACUGGAAACCUGAAAAAUCCAGCUAUCGCAGUGGAUUCAUUUUCUAUUUGUUUAAGUGCAUAUGAAGGGCUCAUGAUGUUGAAUAGCCGUGCUGCAACUAGUGUCAUAAUAUCAAAUGAAUUAGGAGCUGGGCGUCCAAAGCGUACAUUAUUUGCUGCCUCUAUUUGUGUAGGCAUAGCAUUGAUAUUUGGGACCAUAUUUUUCACUUGCAUUAUCAUAGCUAGACAUGAUAUUGCAUCCAUCUUCACCAACAAUGCCACUGUUGGUCACAUGGUUUAUGAGUUGUCAAUAUUCCUUGCAUUUACACUGCUUAUCAAUAGUGUUCAACCGAUUCUGGCAGGAGUAGCGGUUGGCGCAGGAUGGCAAGCUUAUGUAGCUAAAGUAAACAUAGUAUGUUAUUAUUUUAUUGGUCCUAUUAGUGCUUUUCUGGCGUUCAAGUGCAAUCUUCAAGUGAAGGGAAUUUGGACGGGACUCCUGGUUGGGACAUCAUCACAGAUAUUGAUACUUGCAUUUAACACUUAUCGGACGGAUUGGGAUAAAGAGGCUAGUGCAGCCAAAAAUCGUUUCAAAGUACCAGGAUGAUCUCGUCUGUGCUCUAAAUGAAUUAUGCCUUCUUUUCGUCGUUUGGAAUAUUAUGAGCAUUAUAUUAGAAGGCAGUUAUUAGACUUGUGAAGAGAAAGUCAUCUGUAACUUAUUAAGUGGAAUUUGAUCAAUUGAUCAUAACCUCAUUUUCAUAUUAGUUCCAAAAUGUUAUUAUCAAAGAUAUUUGGGCUUAAGAGACUUGAUAUUGUUACGUCA